AUGUUUGAUUUUGUUAAGCAAGAAGCUGAAAUAAUAAUACUUCCUGAUAUUCAGCGAAAAUUUUCAAUAAGAAAAAUAUUUGAGGAAAAUGGUUUACAAGAAAAAAUUGAAGCACUUAGUUUGUCGGAUGAGUCAACAAAAAUUAAAGGGCCAGACGCAACUGGAGGACAACAGGAACAAUCAAAAACAAUAGAAGAGCGCAAAGCAUCCAGGUCAUCUAAGGAAAGCCAAUGUGAGAGAGAUGAUAGAAAGCCAAUGUAA